AUGUCUACUAAACCUUUAUGGUACCGUUGGGCAAGAGUAUAUUUUGCAGGGGGAUGUAUUACCGGUUUAGGGUUCUGGUUAUGGUACAACAUUAGACCAACUGACGAAGAAUUAAUAGCAGCAUUUUCACCUGAAGUUAGAGCCAAUUAUGAAAGAAAUAAAGAAGCAAGAUUAUUAGAACAACAAAAACUCAUGGAAAUUGUGAAAAAGACGUCAGCUUCAAAUGAUCCAAUUUGGAUGACUGGUCCUAUUGGAUCUCCAUUUGAAAAGGAUCAAAGAAAUAUGAAUCAACAAUUGGUUGAUUAUAAUGCUGUAAAUAAAUCUAUAGCUCAAAAUGCUCAAAAAGAACAAAUUGAAUUGGCUAAUAAGGAAGAAGAAGAAGCUGCCCAGUUGUUGAAACAAAGUAAACGGUCUUGGUUUGAUGUCCUUACCUUUAGAAAGUGA